ACGCAGCUGCCGUAUUUCGGCGACAUUCAGACCGUGCCCGGGACGCGAGUGCUUGCGGGGUGUGGUCGUGUGAUCGAGUGCUCAGAGGCACAUGCGUGAGGUGUGAUGGUAGCCACGAGGCCCGUAGGGCUCCGGCCGCAGCGUCGUUCGGGCUGCUAGCGGCCGCGGCAUGGCGCGCCGCGCCGCCGUCCGCGCCCGCGCCUCUCUCGCACCAUGAGCGACCUGCAGGCCACCUUCGAGUUCUCCGUAGAACUAUACAAGUUCUACAAUGUCGAUCUCUUCCAAAGAGGACUUUACCAAGUGCGCGUGAGUUUGCGCGUGUCACCAAAGGUGCCGGUUCACAUCGAGGCGACGGUGUCGAGCGGCAAUGGCGCCGCGCGGACUGGCAGGCCCGCUGCUAACGCCUCCCUCAUGGGAGGCAUCGCUGCUUCUAGAGCCUUCCAAAUUAUGUACAGGAACGAGGAGGUCACGUUGCGUGACAUAGUGCAUUUUAGAGCUCAUUUGCUAGUUGAUAGCCGUAAUCUUAAGGAUUCAUUAGAGAGAGCGGAAUGGAGUUUGGCAGUGGAACUAUGGUGCAGUGAGGGAGCUCAAUCGAGCACCCUAACGGCAGUCUCCUGUCGCGUGCUAAAGCUGCACUUCCAGCCUGCACAGGGGCUCCACUACCACCUCCCAGUUCUGUUCGACUACUUCCAUCUUUCUGCUGUCUCUGUCACCAUCCAUGCAAGCUUAGUAGCCUUACAUCAGCCGUAUAUCAACACGCCCCGCUCUAGUAAACAGUGGGGCAAAUUGAUGAAAAGUGCGGGGUCAAACUUUAACGCUUCAGGAAGCUUAGAGAACAUUCUGUUCGGGUCGACUGGAAAGUGUGCCGGCGGAAAUUCAAGCAAAAUUGCGCAUGCCAGACAAGUCCACGCUGAAGUUUGCGGCAUUCUCCUCGGGUCACUUGAAGGCUUACAAAGCGCACUGACAGUAUGCGGCUCAACGGGGGUAUUAUUAACACCUGAAGAAUCUACUUCUAACUCUAUCGUUGGCGAGGUUGCGCAACGAAUAAAGGACCUAAGCGAUAUAGGCAAGAAAUCCGAAGCAGGCGAAGAAGAAGAAUGGGCAAUGGGAGCAGCGCACGAUAUUGCAAGGCUAUGUGCAGAGGUGACGCUAAGGUGGCGCGCCUUUCUGCACCACACUUCCGACCGACCGCACGUACAUCACGCACUAGCAGCAAGACAUCAUGCAUUACGCAUUAAACGUUUCUCGGAGUGCUUUUUCGUGCUUGAUAACCCUCGGCAUUCGCUGGCAGGCUGCUACGACAGCAAUUACCAAUCAUAUCAAAGCGUAGGCGAAGCAGCCCGAAGGUCACGUUAUCUUGCGCUUUUGCCGCCCCUUCCUGUACAUUGCAUCGCGCUUGAUGGCGAUCCGCAUAUCAUGCCUAUCAUAUUCGAAGACAGGUAUCAAGACACAGCUGAAUUCGCAAGAAGGCGAUCGUUUUUAAAUUCCAACGCAAAUAAAUCUGGAAGUGAUCCUUUUCUAUGUUCUGAACCUGUCAGAGAAGACUGUGCGUGCAGCGUAAGUUCAAUUAUGGAUUCUAGAAGACCUUCUUCUGAAGCAUCAAGGGUCACUUUGUCAUUGCCCAAGAACAUGAUAGACGUCCUGGAACCAGAAUUCGAUACCCCCAAAUCAAGCACAAACGUAGUACGAGCUACUUUGACACUAGCGCCUCAAAAAUCUUCUAGAGGGUCCCCUAAAAGAACUAUAGUAAAACAAAAUGUUGUAGAAAUGAACAAACCCCAUAAUAAGCAAUUAGAAUUAACUGGUAGAAAUAGAUAUAUUGUACAGAAUAACCAAAUAAGCGAAAUUCAAUUACCACCAAACAACUUCUUUUCCUCGUGCCCCAUACAACAAGGGCAACAAAUGUCAAGAUAUUCGGCUUCAACCCUUUUAGACAUUAAUGCAACAAAAAGCAAUGUUAACGUGUCCCGCUUGGGAAAUGAUAAAUUGGAUCCCAGCGCGCAUUUUAAACAAAAACAUGAAAUCACCAGUGGAGUAAGUACCCUACCUGCUCGACAUAGUAAAUCUUUGGAUCAGUUAAGAGUGUCACAAAUUACCCCAGUUAGUGUACAGACGUUGUCAAAAAAUGUUAAGAAUAGUUCAAACACUUCUGUUAAUAAUUAUCAAAAAAGUUAUGCUUCAGCACAGCCAAUAAAGCCCACGACUCUACCAAGAAGCGUUACAACAACAGCUUAUCCCACUAAUACGACGACACGUUGUGGAUCUAAAGGCGAUGAUUACAGAAGAAACAUUAAUGAGUUUAGAGAAAAAUAUAAAAAUCCGUGCAAUUCUAAUGUACAGAACGUUCAUGGGAUGAAUAAUGAAGUGUUUCAUAGUGUAGGAUAUAAAUAUGAUGGUACAAUUAAAGGUAACGCUAAUCAAAUUUAUGGUUACACUUUCGGUAAUCAGGGUAAUAUACCAGUGAAUAACGUUAUUCGUAAUCCAUUAGAAUUCCAAAGAGGCUAUAGUGUAAAUUUACCCCGUCCUAUGUUGCCUCCUCGAAAUUCUUACCCACCAGUUAGUGGAAAAACUCAAGUGACUGAUCAGAGCAACUUAGUUUCUAAUAAACAUGUUCAUAGAUCAAACUCAACACAUAUGUUUCACCAGAACGUUGAGAAUCAGCAAAUUGACAUUGAAGCCACUCGCAAUCAAUUGAGGCAUGAAUUGAAUUACUAUCUCCAAAAAGGAGACUGGAGCUAUGAUUUUAAUACAGGUAGCCUAAUCCAGAACUAUCAAAAGAAAUCCAGUAAAAGUAGCGACGAUAGUGGUUUCGUGAUGACAUUAGAUAGAAGCAGUGACGGAACAUCUAAAUCAACGUAUUCAAAAACACCACCAUCAACUCCUCAUUCUAAAUUACCAUCCGUGAGACAUAAGAAAAGUCGGUCUAAGGACUCUAAAUUAAAUACAAGUGGAAAAGAAAAUAUGAAAGUGAAUUCAAGUCGUGAUUCUCUGAGUAGCCAUCAUUCUAUUAAAUCAAGAGACAGCAAAUCUGAUCGACAAACACCUAAAUCGGAUCGUAGUACUCCUAAAUCAGAUAGAGGUACUCCAAAAUCAGGUAAAGCUACUCCAAAAUCUGGCGGCAUAACUCCCAGAUCAGGUUUAGCUACUCCCAAAUCUGGCGGAACGACACCUAAAAGCGGAAGAUCUAGUGGUAAGCCAGAAAGACGUUCAAAGCACAAACCCUCGGAAAAAAUGACUCAACUUAUGUCAGAGGCUGCAUCAUCUUCUAGUGAUGAAAGCAUACCUUUUGAACUCAGAAGAUUAGAGUCAUCGACAAGUGUACCUUAUAGUCUCGACCAUGGUUCGGAAUUGAGACAUUGUAGAAGUGCUGCUUCAAUCAUUGAAGAACCUAAUUUGAAUAAUACAUUCGGCUCGGAGUCUUUACCAAACUUAGCUCCACCGCCAGCUUUUGAAUCACCGCCGUUGAACAUAGAUGACAAAGACUUUAAAAUAUUACCACCUGAGAAUUUCUUAAGCAAAGAUGAUAAACAAAGCAAAAGUUCAACUUCGAGUUUGAGCGAACAAAGUGGGUGGGUUUCAAGUGGGCGUAGCUCAGGGCCAUCCUCACCUGAUAAUGGUAGUUGUCAAUUGAAUCAAAACUUUCCUUCUGCCAGUAACACUAUUUCCACCAAAAUACCCAACAAGAAAUUUGAAGAUAAUAUUGAUAAACGAAAAAAAGAUGGCGAAAAAAUAAGUGAAUUUAAAAGAACUGCCCUUAACGGUGAACAACUUCGGGAACGUUUACUUAAAUUAGCGGUCAAAGCUGCUCAAAGCAGUUCAACUGAAAAAAUUGAAUGCUGUGAUAAAGAAGUUUGUGAAGAAUGUACAAUAUGUAGUGACUCUAUUUGCACUGACAGUCAGUGUGAAUAUAAUAAAAUGAUGCAUACUAACGGAAUUGAUACAGGUUGCAACUCAGAUACAUGCACAGCUAGUUGUUUUCAACAAUAUGCUGAACCGAAUACUAGUAAAGUGAAUCAGAGGCAUAAUUCAUUUAGUGCUAUUCAAGGUAAUACUUACAGUUCUAUAAACAAAACUUCAAAUGAACCAACCGUUAAAAAAUCACAAACAGUAAGUGACAACUUGCAUCCAUAUAUAAGAAAAGAAAUACCAUCUACUGCACAGCCUGCUGUACCUGCAAAAUCCAAUACAAUAAACAAAACGAAGCUAAAAGAUCGAAUCGAAUAUACCGAAAAAUUAAUAGCCGCCGAAAUACGAAAUCUUGCAGUGGAUCGCUCGUGUAAAACUCGCCAGAGUCCAGCUGGACCCAUCGCAUCUAUUCAGAAUUAUCAGGGUAAAGCUAAAUCCGAAGUAAAUUUAAGCCAAUUCAGUGGUGACAAUGAUUAUGAACACUUACCACCUCCUCAACAAUUUAGAGACGCACCGCCACCGCCUGACGAAUUUAAGGAUCCACCAUCUAAAUCUCCAAUGGUAAGUCGGAGCAGCAGUAAAUCAUCGACGCCUUCAAGAACUCCACGCAAAGCAGCACAACCUACAACGCUACAACUAGAUAAUCCAUUAUAUCAUGUUUGCGAAGGAGUUAUAGAGCGACGAAAAUUAAGGCCUCAUCAAUCCAUGAAUGCUGCUGCCACAACUUCAGCUAGCACGCUUAAUAAAAGCCAAAGCACGGGAGAAUUGGCGAGCAGAAGCGAACAUGGUAAUAAUAAAAAACCACGGCAAAGUAAUCUGAUCAGCAUAUUCGGUUUAGCUGAAUCGGAAAGACUAUUCGUAAAAUGUAGAGAAGAAUUUAGACAAAGCGUCAAAUAUCCCGGAGCAAUAUACUCCGAUUUUCCUCCAGUUGAAAACUCCUUACCGUACUUCCAUAUCAGUGAUGAAUACAGAAUGUUUAAUCCUGAAGGUCUACAUCUCAUAAUAUGCGUCCAUGGAUUGGAUGGAAAUGCGGCAGACCUUCGUCUAGUGAAAACAUAUUUAGAACUAGGGUUGCCUGGGGCUCGAUUAGACUUCCUUAUGUCUGAAAGGAAUCAGGGCGAUACAUUCUCGGAUUUCGACACAAUGACUGAUAGAUUGAUUCAAGAAAUUGUGACGCACAUACAAAAUUCCAGCGAGCCAGCACGAAUUAGUUUUGUAGGACAUUCAUUGGGUACUAUUAUAAUAAGGUCAGCGCUGGCGCGACCGCAAAUGAAGCCGUUUUUGGGGAAGUUGCAUACAUUCCUGUCAUUGAGUGGACCACAUUUAGGAACGUUAUAUAAUUCAAGUGGUCUUGUGAAUGCAGGAAUGUGGUUUAUGCAGAAAUGGAAGAAAUCCGGCUCCCUUCUCCAGCUGUCUCUUCGUGAUGCGCCCGAUCCUCGACGGUCUUUCCUCUACCGUCUUAGUGAACGGAGUCAAUUGCAUCAGUUCAAACAUAUCCUGCUUUGUGGUUCAGGGCAGGACAGAUAUGUGCCCUUACAUUCUGCAAGAUUGGAACUUUGCAAAGCUGCUGCUAAGGAUACAUCUUUAUUAGGACAGGCCUAUCGUGAAAUGGUACACAACAUGGUAUCUCCGUUAGCCGCCCGCGCCUCAUCUGUGUCGGUAGUACGAUAUGACGUCCAGCAUGCUCUUCCGCACACAGCCAGCGCACUCGUAGGGAGAGCGGCACAUAUUGCAGCCUUGGACUCUGAUCUUUUCAUCGAAAAGUUUCUUCUUGUCUCUGCUCUCAAAUACUUUCGUUGAGCGUCUUUUUCAAAUGGCUCGUGUUAAAUCGUUUCCAUGGUUGUUCAAAUUCUUUGUCAGCUGUAUUGACUAACAAAGAAUUUGUGUUGGAUAUGCACUGAUGUUGCGGCAUGAACGGAUAGGUUAGAUCCAUUAAUGUUAAUGAUAGAAAUUAAAUUACGUUUAUUGCCUCAACACUCGUACCACCGCAUCUUACUUAGAACGUAUAGUAACACAAACCUAUUCGAUGAAAGAAUUGUCUUUGGAUACGUGUCCAUAAUUCGAGUGUAUCUUUUAUGAUAAAUUUAAUUGUACUAAGUUUACAUUACACCAGCAUUUGUUUUAGCUAAAUUUAACUAUCCUAUAUGCACGAUUAAGAUAAUUUAAUGUUCGAAAUUCAAAUCUUGUCUUACUCUUAAACAAUUCUACCAGCGGUCUUCACAGUAAAGUAAGUAAUUAUCAUGCACGUUAAAUUUGAUCUUGACUUACUAAUCAUUUAAGAGUUUAAAUUUUAUUAAAUCGAAUUGAUUGAUCUCUUUUUAUUAUUUGAAUGCCUGUAUGAAUAACUUAUAGAAAAAGGAGUGUGAUAAAAUUUCCGUGCUGUUGCAGCGAUUUUAAAUAGACUAUUCUGAUUAAACCCUUGACUUUUAAUUAUUUAAAUAGACUAAGGCGGAUCUUUACACCAAAUAAUUAAGACUUUCGAAAUUAGCAAGACGUGUAGAUAAAUGUAGAUGUUAUUUGUAAUAGGAAUUUAUAUUGUUGUGUAUGGUGGCCAUAAGACAAUCAAUACAAUAAUCAUGUCAGUUCAAUUAGUAACUUUAGUAACUUUGUAUUGACGAAAAUGUUGCCGCAAAUCACAAUCAAUUUAAUAUCUAUAUAAACUAUUACACGAUUAACGUUUGAUGAUAAAAUAAUUGUCUUUUGGCCUCCUAUGAAUUAGGUCACAUUCAGUGUUUUGUGUGCUUCUGGAUUGCUAAGCGUGAUUUUUAAAUUAUUUGCUAUCUCGUUUUCGUGCAAUACCUAACGUACUACAAGGGCUAGGAAAGGGUGUAACUAAGCCGGUUGUAUUUGGGUAUACUCAUUAUAAUGUAAACCUUUUGCUCCACACAAUCUUCCUUGAGAUAAAUACUUUUACAGAAAUAGGAUGUUGUUAUAAAAAAUACGCAGUGACAACCAUAACAUCAGCUGUGUUUACUUUAAAAGCCAAGCAUGGUCACAGAUUAGUAUGGCACCAACAAAAAGGCCCAUACGCGUGUAAAUGCGAUUUCAUUUGCAAUUAAGUAUGAUUCUUCUUUCUUUACUUUUAUAAAACUGGAUACUAUAGGUAUAAUUAAUCAUUUCUCGAAAUAGAGUAUGAGUGAUACAAUUUAUUCCUAAUCGCCCUUUCCAGCAUGCACUGCGUAUUUUCUUAUACAUAAGUACAAAAAGUUGAUGCGCAAGUUUUACAGUACCUAACUACCUAAUUUCAGAAAAACAAACUAAUAAAUACUAGAUGUAUUUUUAAUAAUGAGUGUAAUUGACAGUAUAAGAAGCACUUAUAUGUACCUAAAGUAUUUCCUAGUUUAAAGUCCUUUAUAGAGUUUGUAAGACUAUGUAAGUUUUUUUCAUUUAAAUUUUAUGGUAUACUUCAAUGAAAAUUCAAUACGAAAACUAAGCAAAGUACUGGGCCACCCUUUUUUAGUUAAAAUAUACUAGCGGGUACCUAUUUGUUAGUAACCUAUUAUUAUUUAUGUACGAAAUACAUUAGGCACAACCUAGGACUAAUAACAACAAAAUUUACAAAGAAGCCUUGGUACUAGAUCGUCAUUAAAUAUCUUUAGAAAAAUAAAGCUCAUUAGACUUUAUCAGAGCUACUGAUAAGUACUGUUACAUAUUCAUAGCUAUGCAAAGCUCGGUAUUUGAUCUGAGGGAAUUACCUACGAACUUAAGUUUUACACAAAUAAGGUGAGAAUUUUUUGGGAUCUUUUACGCACUUUUUAUAGAUUGGUUUUCUUAGUUAUUAAGCUAUUUCAAUUUGACACUUUAACUAACAAAGUGGACGAAUCUGAUAAGGCCUUAUUACAUAUAAGGACAGGCCUUAGCCUUAAAAGAAAAAUAAGUAUAAAAUUGUAAAGUAACGAAUGUUAGACUGA